GCCCCCGGCCGCCGCCGCCAGCCCGCCCGGCGGCCCGCGCAGCCCGCACUCGUCGCCGCGCCUCGGAGUUUGAGCCCCAGCGCUGCCGGAGCGCAGGCACGCCCGGGGCGCGAGGUCGGAGCGCGCAGCGCGGCGCCGCCCCCCGGCCCUCGGCCCCCCAACCCCGGUGCCCCCGGAGCGGCGCGCCGAGGGAGGAGGGCGGGCGGGCGCGGCGGGCCGGGCCGGCGGGCGGCGGACUAUGAGGCGCCCACCAUGGUGCGAUGCGACCGCGGGCUGCAGAUGCUGCUGACCACGGCCGGAGCCUUCGCCGCCUUUUCGCUCAUGGCCAUCGCCAUCGGCACCGACUACUGGCUCUACUCCAGCGCGCACAUCUGCAACGGCACCAACCUGACCAUGGACGACGGGCCCCCGCCCCGCCGCGCCCGCGGCGACCUCACCCACUCUGGGCUGUGGCGGGUGUGCUGCAUCGAAGGGAUCUAUAAAGGGCACUGCUUCCGGAUCAAUCACUUCCCAGAGGACAAUGACUACGACCACGACAGCUCGGAGUACCUCCUCCGCAUCGUGCGAGCCUCCAGCGUCUUCCCCAUCCUCAGCACCAUCCUGCUCCUGCUGGGUGGCCUGUGCAUCGGUGCUGGCAGGAUCUACAGCCGCAAGAACAACAUCGUCCUCAGCGCCGGCAUCCUCUUCGUGGCUGCAGGCCUCAGUAACAUCAUCGGUAUCAUCGUCUACAUUUCCAGCAACACAGGUGACCCGAGUGACAAGCGGGACGAAGACAAAAAGAACCAUUACAACUACGGCUGGUCUUUUUACUUUGGAGCUCUGUCUUUCAUUGUGGCUGAGACCGUGGGCGUCCUGGCUGUAAACAUUUACAUUGAGAAAAAUAAAGAGUUGAGGUUUAAGACCAAACGGGAAUUCCUUAAGGCAUCUUCCUCUUCUCCUUAUGCCAGGAUGCCGAGCUACAGGUACCGGCGACGGCGCUCGAGGUCCAGCUCAAGGUCCACCGAGGCCUCGCCCUCCAGGGACGUGUCGCCCAUGGGCCUGAAGAUCGCAGGGGCCAUCCCUAUGGGGGAGCUGUCCAUGUACACGCUGACCAGGGAGCCCCUCAAGGUGACCACCGCAGCCAGCUACAGCCCCGACCAGGAGGCCAGCUUCCUGCAGGUGCAUGACUUUUUCCAGCAGGACCUGAAGGAAGGUUUCCACGUCAGCAUGCUGAACCGACGGACGACCCCUGUGUGAGCCGCCUGCCCUUUCUCUCCGCUCCGGCCUUUCCCCAGAACGGCUCUUUUUGUCACACAGGACGGCAUGUGAUCCUCAAGACGACGAACAAUGAACUAAAGCCAAAAGCAGCCCUCCCUGGCCUCCAGAGGUGGCGUGGGCUGGCUUUGCACGAAGGUUGUGCUGGGAGACCGGACCCGGGGCUGCAGAAGAAGCUGAAGGCUGACUUUGUCCCCUCCCCCAAAAAGGGUGUUUUGAUGCCCCAGGGUCUCUGAAAUCUCCUGGGAAGCCCCAGAGCUUUCCUGAGGCUGCCUGGCCUUGAUCAACUCGGGAAGACAAAAUUGAGCCAUUAUCUCCUCUUGGAAACGAAUCUUGCCAGAAAAACGUGAUUUCAGGGCCUUCCCUCCCUGCCUGGGCGUCGGGCCACCAGAAGGCUCUGCCGGACGCCAAGAAGACGGUCUCUGGGCUCUUGUCAGCUGCUUUGAACCUGAGGUUCCUGUGUCGUUGAGCCAGAAAUCAGACCACCGAAGCUCACUCCCUUCCUCUCCAUCUCUCCCUCUCUCUGAGACUCUGGCGGUGGCUUAUGAUCCUGAAGACAGCUCUGCAGCCAACUGGUGCUUCGGCCUUUGCGCUGUCCCAGGGCCAGCUUCCCUCGACCUGGGGAGGCCAUGGCCUGUGGAGGAGGCCCAGGUAAAGGCUGGGGGCUGUUGCUGGCUAUCCUCUCUGCUUCUGGAAGUUUCUGCCUCACUCAGAAUGGGCAGGACAGACCCACUGACUGGACUUCAGAGUCUGGAGGGUUCCAUCGGUCAGGGGAAUGGCGGCCACGUGGCCUCUUGCCGUGCCCCUUGUCAUAGACCCGAGGAGCAACUCUGUCCCCUGAGCGUUGGGGGUCCCAGGGGAGAGGUGGACAGACACCUCCCUCCAACUGGCAUUUGGCAACAGGAGCCUGGACUUCUGUGCAAGAAAGGGAGACCUAAGGGUGAACAGUGGCCAAAAAAAACCCUAGAGAACAAACAUCCAUUUCCUAGGUGGUUACAAAUCAUGACUUCCUGCAAAUCAACACCAGGAGAGCAACUUACAUUCAUUUCUUUGUCUUAAAAAGUAGCAGCAACUGGCCCCACAACUCCUAUCAUUGUAAUUUAUUCUGCCACCACCUAACAGGACGGAGUGGAGGGAGUUUGGAUAAACGGGCCGAGCUGGGCUCUCUUCCUCCCUACAGAGGGGAGAUCUCAGCACUUUGUCCAGAGCUGAGGAAGUGGUUUCUGUGUUUUACAGUUUUUCCAGCCAUUCUUUUCCUCCCCCUCCUGAAGCGAGCAAAGAGCGUGGAAGCGUGUGCAGGCUUGGAAGAAGAACUCUCCAGAACGUGAACUUAACCCUCUUUUAUAUAAAACAUGUGCUUUCUAAAGAAAAAUUGUUUCUUAUUUUUUGAGACUCCUUGAUCCACCCUGGAACAGUCACCUGUGGUCCUGGUAGCGUCGUGCUUGGAAAUGACGAGCGCAUCCUUGCCUCAGCUACCUGCUCACAGCCCAUGGGUGGACUCGGCUCCCUGGGGUUCAGACCCGGGUCCGUUCAGCCUAGUGAUGAUGUCAUCGUCUGUCCCAUCUUCCUUUGCCCCCAGGAAAGGACGCAUCCACCGGUAGCGGCCCCAGCUGACUGCCGCCGUGUGCUGGGGAUCUGAAAUGAGGCCUGCCAGGGCCCCUGUGUGCUGUGCUAUCGUCUGUCCCAUCUUCCUUUGCCUCCAGGAAAGGACGCAUCCACCGGUAGUGGCCCCAGCUGACUGCCACCAUGUGCUGGGGAUCUGAAAUGAGGCCUGCCAGGGCCCCUGUGUGCUGUGCUCCAGAGCCUUCGCUCCCAUCAGGGUUGGCAUCAUCUGGUGGCAUGUCCAAGUGUGCCCAGCAGCGGAUGCUGAAGCACCAGAGCUCAAGGCCUUCACCUGCUCUAGGCCAGCCCCAUCACCACACCCCACCACCUCCACUGCCAUGACCAGGCUGAAGGCAGGGAACGCCCUGCCCAGACCCGCCAUCCAGCAAGGCCCCGAGACUUUUCCUCUGUGAUUUCCAAAAGCAAGGCAGCCGUGCUGUUCUGUUUCCUGUCCAUCCGCCACCUCCCCUCCCGCUGCCCCAGAAGUUUCUAUCAUUCCAUGGAGAAAGCUGUGUUCCAGUGAAUCCUACCUCUUGCCCAGUCCCAGGCAGAGUAAGCAGGGCCCACCUAGGGACCAAGAAAGAGUAGGAAGAAGGGGACGAGCCGGGAGCAAAACCACCUCAGACACCCGGGCCUUCUCAGCCUUCUCCCCGCGGCCAGCCGGGUCUCCGGGGACCCUGGGCCCUGGGCCGCCCAUUCCUGGCCCUCCCGCUGCAUCUCAGACCUGACGCCCACCUGGGGGGAUGUGGUGGCCUGUGCCCGCCUUCUCUUCCACCUCCCGACCCGCCCCCUCGCCCCCACCCCCGUGUGUUUUGCCAGUUAAGCACCUGUGACUCCAGUACCUACUACUGGUUUUGGGUUGGUUGUUCUGUCUUUUUUUUAAUUAAAUAAAAACAUUUUUAAAA